AUGGCGCCCGCCCCACUGCUCUUCAAGCCUGUCUGGCUCCAGCUGUCUGGGUCGCCGCGGCAGCCAGACCGAGCCUCGGGGUCCCGUCCACCGCGCCCUGUCGACCGAUGGCGCCCGCUCGCAGGAGCCAGGCCGCUGGCCACGCGGCGCUGGGCGUCGCUCUCGCGGGCUGGGCCUACGCCGCGAGGUGCUUCGUCUCGCCAGGCGCUCGCAGCGCUGCGAGCCAGCAGUCCCUCCGCGGCGGCAUCGAGCUGCAGCGCUUUCCCGCGCCGCUCGAGGAGGGCGCCCAGGAGGCCUCCCGCCCGCUGGUCGGCCUGGGUGGCGGCGGCGCCGGCGGCGGCGCAGGAGUCCGGCGGCGGCUUCAGCAUCUCCCUGCCGAGCUUCAGCAUCCCCAACAAUUUCGAGGCGGCCCCAAAGGCCGUGAAGCCCGCGGACUCCGAGGCCGCCCCCGUGAAGCCCUUCAAGGUCAGGGGGGACAAGGUCUACAUCAACCCCUCGGACGAGUUCGACCUCGACGAGGUCCCCCUGGGCGCCCCCAACCCGCCCUUGCUUGCCGCCUUCUUGUUCGGCCCCUCGUUCAUCUACCUGGCCUUCUGGGUCCUGGGCUCCCUGGAGAUCAUCUGA